GGGACGUGUCAGGGACGCCCUCGCCUCCCCUCACGGUUCAAUAUGGCGGCGCUCCCACAAUACGAAAAGGCGGGAAACGUCCACUUCCGGCGUCGCCCCGCUAAAGGAAGACGGGUGAGCCAAUCAGAGGUGGGAAGAGGGCGGGGCCACAGCGCUCGACAAAUCAGAGAGCGACAACGGGGUGGAGCGAAAUAACAGGCGAAUCAGAGACGGAGAGAAGGGCGGAGUGACAGGCGCUCGACCAAUCAGAACGGAGAGGGCAGCAGAGAGGGCAGUGCGGCCGCGGUGCCUCAGAGCCGCGGCCUGGUCCCGCUGCCGCUCCCGCCGCCGCCGCCAUGAACAUCCUUCCGAAGAAGUCGUGGCACGUCCGGAACAAGGACAAUGUGGCGCGGGUGCGGCGGGACGAGGCGGCGGCCGAGGUGGAGAGGAGGAAACGAGACGCGCGCGCGCUGCGGGCGGAGCAGGAGGUGCGCACCGAGCUCCUGCGGAAGCGGGCGCGGGUCGGGGGUCGCAGCCCCUCCCCCCCGGCCCCCCCCGUGCUGUUCCCGCCCCCCGAGGAGGCCCCGAACCGCGAGCACGAGGCGGAAAAAAGGCGGGAACAGGAGCGCCGGGAGCGGGCCCUGGGGGUCCUGACCUACCUGGGCCAGAGCGCGGCCGAGGCCCAGACCUGCCCCCCCUGGUACCUGCGGCCCCCCAGGAAAGGUGGGGAGGGGUCCCGGGAGGUGCAGGAGGGGCGCAAGGCCGUGCUGGACCCGCUGCAGGACAUGAGGAAGGGGCUGCGCCGAGCCCCCAGCCCCAAAAAACCCCCCCAGCCUCAGCCACGGAGCCCCCCCAGAGCCCCCGCCGAGCGGGCCGGGGGAGGAGGGCUGGCGGAGCUGCGGCGGCAGCGCCGGGCCCGCGAGGCGGCCGAGGCCGCGCGGAGCCGGGAGCUGCUCCGGGGGCUCCGGGACCCCCCCGGGACCCCCCGGGACCCCCCCGGGACCCCCCGGGAGCCGCGGCUGUACCACAGCCAGUUCCACCCGGCGCUGGCGCGGGGGGGGCCGAAACGCACCUGAGCGACCCCGAAAUUCACCUGGAACCCCCCCGGAUCAUCGGUAAUGGACAGUUCCACCCAGGACAGUUCCACCCAGCGCUGGCGCGGGGGGGGCCGAAACGCAUCUGGAACCCUGAAAUUCACCUGGAACCCCCCCGGAUCGGUAAUGGACAGUUCCACCCGGGACAGUUCCACCCGGCGCUGGCACGGGGGGGGCCGAAACGCACCUGAGGGACCCCGAAAUCACCUGGGACCCGAAAUUCACCUGGAACCCCCCCGGAUCGGUAAUGGACAGUUCCACCCAGGACAGUUCCACCCAGCGCUGGCGCGGGGGGGGGCCGA